CAUGACUACAAGAAAUUAAAGUUCUAUUUGUCCAUUCAUCGGAAGAAUUCAACUUUUUGUGACAUAAAGAGUCAAAGUCAAUAACAAAUUAACAACACCUCAAUAAUUCACUAGUACUCCCCAAUUCAGUGAGUCAAAAUGAUUUGAAAUACCAUAAAUUAUAGCUAUUAAAGAGUGUAGGAAAUCCCCAAAUUCUCCAGAUUCUACUCCUGAGUCUGAAGAUGCAAAAAUUACAAGCAAAGUUGGUGGCAACAGCUUUAGCAAUGUUCAUCCUCUUCCUACUUACUGCAGUUGGGUCACAGGCCUUGAAUAACGUCGAAGGUGAUGGUAUCGGGAAGAUGAGUGUACGCAGAGGUCGUGCAGCGGAGAGAAGUCUACGAGCAGGUGGUCCAUGGCGGUUUCCGCCUUCACCUAUACCGAAUUUCAGUAAGCACCAAGAAGUACCGUCCCCUCCACCUAUAAGGAAUUUAUUAUAAAGUUACGCGUUGAAUAAGGCUAUUUACUUCUUAAUUAUACUUCUUAUUUAGGUCCUGUUGUUUUGUAUUGAAUUAAUAAAAAUUUAUUUCAGUUCAAUUUAAUUUAGAUAAAUUCAGUUCAUUUCAGUUCACUUAUUUUAAUAUAUUUCCUCCGUUUUUUACUUGCAACACUUUUUUUUCAUCAACUCCAAUAUAAAAUUUUGUUAGGAGAGAGGUAGAGAGGGAAAGAGAGGGUCUCAACUCUCAUGUGAUUGGAAAGAGAUAGAGAGAAAGGAAAAGGAAAAGUAGAAAGUGUUGCAAGCAAUUAAUUAUUUCCCUCUUAAGAAAGUGUUGCAAGUAAAAAAAUAAAAAUAAAGAAAGUAAUAGUUUUCAUUCAUUUCAGUUCAAUUCAGAUGAAUUAUUCAGUUCAGUUAAAAAAAACAAAGUCUUAAUACUCCAUUCAUUUUAUAAUUUUAUAAUGUAGUGUUUGUAUUCAUUUUUAAAUGUACGCCAACAUGUUGCUUGUUUAUCUUUUUUUUACUCCAAGUUUUUCCUUGAUUAAUUAUCAUCAUUUAUUUUCUCCUUGAAAAUAAGUUCUAUUUUUUGUUUAUUUAGUCAAAAGGUUAAAUUAAUCAUACAUUCCCCUCCGUCCCCAUAAUACAAUGCCUGUUUCACUCUCUUGAGGUCAAAUUUUAAUGACCAAAUAUUAUCAUUUGUAUAUAUAAAAUAACAUAUUCAUGUGAGAUUUUGUUAGAUUCGUCUCAAUGUGUAGUUUCAUAAUAUCAACUUUUUAUAUUUUUUUUAUUAAUAAGGAAUUGAAGAUAUUAAAGAUCAAAUAUUUAUCUCGAAGACCGUGUAAAAAAGAAACAAGCAUUCUAUUAUGGGACAGAAGGAGUAUAAUGCUGUUUCUCCCAUUAUUCAUCAAAAUCAAUUUUUUUUUCUCACAACAUUAAUUGUUAUCGUAUCAUAUUCUACUUACUUUAAUUUAAUUCUUGUGUGAAAAAUGAAAUACAAGUAUUUCCUCCGUUCGGUUUUAAAUGAAACGUUUGCUUUUUCAUGCAACCCAAUACACUUAUUUAAUCAUUAAUAUCUUUAGUCGUGUAGAAGUAAAAAAUAUAAAAAAGUUGUAAUUUGAUAGUAUGCGUCGAAACGAAUCUAACAAGAUCCCACUUGACUAUUUUUUCUUUAUAUAAUGGUGAUAAAUUAGAGUCAAAAUUGAUAAAUGAAUAGUGUUAUUUUGCCCAAUAUUUCAUUUAAAACAUAACAGAAGAAGUAUUAGUUUGAGACAGACGGUGUAUAUCGUUUUCCGUCUUUCCCAGACAUUGGUUUUUUCAAUACUAUCGACUUGUCACUUGUGUAAUAUGUAGUGCUUGUUUAAUGCUUAUAUAAUAAGAGAAUAAUAGCUAAAGGCUAAAGCUAGCAGUUCUGCAUAAAUCAAAACUAAUUACCAAAAGUUAAACUAUUUUCAAGAAAGCUAUACUUUUUAUUCGCUUGUUAAUACACAACUGUUAUCAUUUAUAUUUUUGAUCAUAUUUUAACAAAAAUCAUAAGAUGUUUAUAUUGUGAAAAUAUACAUUACGAUAAAUCCAAUAACAUAUUAUAGAAUAACUUUUAUUUUCAUAUAUUGGUUUGAAAAAUAGGUCAAAAUAGGGUAUGUGUACAAGUAAGAGUGAUGCAACUUUUUUGAAAUGGAGAAAAUAUAUAUUAAAAGGCGUUCUCAAGUAUGCUUAUCAAUGUUAUCAGGAUUGAGAUCCUACUUUGAAUCAUAGGGGUUGGUAGGAUCGAAUUGUAGGAUCUUAAAAUCCCACCAUUCCGUAAAAUAGAGAUGAUUAUGUUAGAAUAUGGUGAGAAACACAUGUUAAAAAUUUAUAGAAAUUAAUAAUGACUUAUGUCAUUAACAAAUGGUGAUAUUUAUGCUAGAAUAUGGUGAGAAACACCUAAGAGUCAGGAUUAGUGUCUUGACCUCUUGAAGGGCGAGAACUGAAAAUGCAUGUAUGGAUGUGCUCGAAUAGAUUAAGAAGUUAAUCAUUUGUUUCGACAAUUCGAACUUGGAUUUCAAGAAACAACUUCAAUAUUAGUAUGGUUUACAUAUGAUGUUACCAUGUUACCAUAUCAUCAAGUUGGGCAUUAAGCGACUUAAGGAGUUUGAAGGUUACACAACUUGUUCUUAGAAACAACUUCAAUAUUGGUAUGGUUUACAUAGAUCCAACGUACAUUGUUAAGUCUUGCAUGCUAAAUAUUUCUCUUUCCCACUGCGUAUCGUCUCGAUAAAAGAUAAAGAGUAUUCUUCAAUUUAAUUGGCUAUCUAUUCAUUUAGUUAUAAUUUUUUUUUUUGUAAAGAUCUAAUAUGUAGAUAAGCAUGCUUCAUUAUGCUCUCUAAAUAUACGGGAGAUGAACAAAUCCUUGGUUUACAUUUCUUCCUGGCAUACUUUAAAUAUUUUUGGUAGUACUUUAUCAUUCAAUUUGAGCUAAAUCAUUAAUAUUUUAGUUAUGAAGCAUUUUUUACACUAAGUUUUUCCUCACACGUAUGAUACACUCUUCUCAUCAUCCCAUGUUACCAUGAACAAAUAGGUCACGUCAAAGAGUAACAACUCAUUGUGAAAAAAAAGAAAAAAAGAGAGGGAGUCUUAAUACCAACAUAUUUACAUUACCAUUAUUGCAAAUUGCUAAUUGCUAAUUUUUGACUCUUGACAUACUAAUCACUUCUAGUUCAAAGAUUUGAAACUAAAAAGAAAUGGUACGAAAACAAAACUUAUACAUCAACAAAGUUUCAACAUCAAAGUGGCAAAAACCACAUUAAACCAUUAAUCUAUAAAGCUUGAAAGCUAGAAUCAAUCAUUCACAACUUUCAGGCGAACCCACCAUUACGGCCAGAACCCCCAAUUAUCAAAACUCUGAAGUAGAGAAAUCAAAGCCACUAUGCACAACAAACACCACCACAGAAAAAAACGAAAUUCAUCUUGCAUGUAAAGGUAAAAACCUCGACUAACUGUCGCAGCACAAAGACAGCAGGCUGAUAAAGCUUGAACUAGAAUGAUAUCAAGAUCGAUGCCAAGAAACCCCAAAAAGGACAUACAAAGCAAUGCCAACAAACAAAUAUUCUUUAUCAUAUUCACCGCGCUCGUCGAAACCUCCAACAAUGGCAGAGGAGUAUUCACCGUCUCCGGCGACUUUUCCGGCGAGGGAACAGUUUUACCGAACUGGGUGUGAUCAAGAAUGUUGCCAACACCGUGAACAGAAACGACGGCAUUUUGGAAGAGAUUAGGCUGAGUGACGAGGACGCCAUUAAUGGUGAAGUUUCCCGCGGAAUUGUCCGUGAUCAAGAGGGUAUUAUCGGGGAGAAGAGUAGGGAGGCGGUACCCAGUAGGAAAGCGACGGAGUUCAGAGUAAGAAUAGCGUCGGGGAAUAAUGUGGUACGUAAAAAGAAGAGGGUCAGCGAAGUUUACGGCGGUGGUGGACGGUGGAGGAUACGGCGGAGGAUUUUUGGUGACGAAAGCGGCAUCGUCGGGGAUGAAAAGAGUGGCGGUUAGAGGGAAGAUGGAAGGGUCAACUUCAGCGAUCAUGGAAGCCCAAUUGUUGAAAUCGCUGGCUCCGACGAUUGAGUCGAUGAUGGUGUUCAGUUGGAGUUGUUGUGGUGGUUUUUGGACGUGGGUUUGUGGUGGUGGUGCUGGUGUUAAUGUGAGGAGAGAGAGUGGGGAUUGGUUGUCAAUGGUGGCAUUGACUGCGGCCGAGGCGGUGGAGGUGGAGGUGGAGAGGGUGAGGAAAAGGGAGAAACAGAGGAGGAGGAGGGAAGCCAUGUAUGAAAGAAUGUGUGAAUUUCUUAAGAGUUUCUUGGUGUAAAGAAUUGAGAUGUCUAUUUAUAGUGUACUCUUAAGAGUGUGUGUAAUGUGUAGUAGAUUGUUUGGGCUGGAGAUUUUAUUUUCUUACUAUUUUGGGUUAAUAUCCAAGUUGUUAGAUUUGGCGGGAAAAGUAGUUGGUACAGCUUGUUACAAUUUGUUUAAGAGGUUGUGUAUAAAUACAACCUUAAGCUACAUUAUUUUGCAUUCAAGAAUUAAUACAAUUAGCUCCAUUCUUCAAUUUUAGCCUCUUCUGAUCUCUCAUCCAUUUUAUGAUGAAUCCUCCUCUCCUACAUAAAAGAAUGAAACGCGACAUUGAUUGGUCGGAGCUCUGCCGAAAGAAAAUCUUGCCUAAUAUCGCCGGACGUCUGAAAAUAAGCCGCGAUUUUCAUAGUUUUGGAGCAGUAUGCAAGAAAUGGCAUUCUUCACUCUCCUCUAUAAAACAAUCUAAAACACUACAUAUCAUAUUUUCUCGCUAUCCUGUAACUAGUUUUCGCGAGAGUACUAAUUCGACAUUCCGUCUGUCAGGUAAUGCAAUCUAUCUCCUCCGUCCUCUGAAUUCUCAAGAAUCCUCGAACUCGAAACUGUUUCUCAUUACUGUCGAAGAAUUCUACCAAGGUAAGCUCCGGCUUUUCCAUCCGUUAACUCGAAAUCGAACGCCAAUUAAGCAAAAUGGGUAUCUGAAUAUGUCGGAUUUUCAUGUUUCUUUGAUUACUAAUGGGUUCAUUUUAACAAGAACAGACCACAAUAGCGGUAGUACAUCAUACUAUAAGGCUCUUACUAGCGCAUAUCUUGAUGAGUAUAACAAGAAGCAUUCUUUUUUUAUUGACUUCAACCGUAAUACUGGAAGAGUUAGUUUGGAGGUAAGCUUGCGCCAACGACAGCCUCUAGUUUGCGAGAAUGUCUUCGAAUUUGAUGACAUUGUUUUUUCUAAGAGAUUGUUUUACACGGUUGAUAGUAUAGGGAGAGUUUAUGUCUUUCGAACUCGAAACUCAAAACAUACAAGAAAUGAGAAUGAGACAAACAAUUCUUCCCAUGUUUUGUUUGGUGAAUGUAUUGUGAAAAUUCCUAUUUUAAGUGCCUGUAAUAACCGUUGGCGAACGCGGCUAGUGGUCGAUCAUCUGUCCGAUAAUACGUUGUAUCUUGUUCAGAGAGAUAUCAAUCUUGGUGAGAGUUUGAUAUUUCUUAAGGUAUACAAGUUGAAUGAAGAGAGGUGUAAAUGGGACGAAGUUAAUAGUAUCGGCGAUGAUAGAGUAUUGUUUAUUAGUGUUGAUUGGUGUUUUUUUGCAUCAACUGCUGAUUUUCCAGGUUAUAGAGGAAAUUGUGUAUUCUUGCUGAAAGAUGCAUUCCCUGUAAGAACUGGGUUUACAUAUUCUGAUGAGUCUUUCUUCGAAGGUGCAAGCAAAGAGUUGGAAAUUGUAGUGUAUCAUUUAGAGGAUCGACAAUUUCGGCUGAUAUCAGGUUAUCCUGGAUAUUCUGACAUACUAUGGCCACCUCCAGCAUGGUUCUGUGACAAUCCUCCUCAAUUACAAGUUCAAAAGAAAAUUGGAUGAUGGUUGUAUGUGCAGUUAUAUUCUGACUAGCCGUCUCUAUGCAACCUAAUCGGUAGUGACCAAUUAUUCAUAAAUUCCUGGAUCCGCCACUGUAUAUUCAUAUGAACAUUCAUCAGUUGCAACAGAAGACUUAGGUUCUAUUCAUGUUUUUGUAACAAAAAAAUAAAGCUGUUGUUAAUAGAUUUUGCAUUAGUGAAAAUAAGUUGACAUGUUAAACAAGUAGUGCUACCUCAAUGUCAUAGCAAACUUGUCGUUUGAAGAGUCAACAAUUUUCUUUUUUUUGGUAGCAUAAUU